CUCGCAUCACGUUUUCUUACGUUUUAAACUCUUCAUUCUUUCGUUCUCUAUACCUUCUCAUCUUUAUUAUUCCUCUUGAGCAACAUAGGAUAAUCAAAACCUAGAUUUAUUCUCUCUCCUAUGAUUUGGAUUUCUCCAUUUUACUGCAAUGCCUUUCUCUACCAAUAAUAAUUCCUCUAUUUCAAGCUCUUUGAGUAUCGGAGAAAAAUUGUGUGCUGUUUUGAUACCGUUUAUCGCUAUAAUUGAGACUUUCGCAUUUGCUGUUGCUCAUUGCUUUGAGUUGGAUCUUCCUAAGAAGAAGAUUUGCAAGUAUUCUUACUCUGACCUAGUUCGUCUUGCUGGUGAAUCUCGAUUUUCGGUUAAUGAAGUGGAGGCAUUGUAUGAGUUGUUCAAAAAAUUGAGUAGUUCAAUUAUUGAUGAUGGCUCAAUUCACAAGGAGGAACUUCAAUUGGCUCUUUUCAGAAGUCCAUAUGGUGAAAAUCUCUUUGUGGACCGGAAUCCCAAUCCUAACAAUCUUGCUCUUCCUACAACUUUCAAUCUCUCAUUCACAUUUCAGGUAUUUGAUCUAUUUGAUGAAAAAAAGAACGGCGUAAUUGAAUUUGAUGAAUUUAUUCACGUUCUGAGUGUAUUUCAUCCCUGUGCACCUAUUGAAGAUAAAAUCCACUUUGCGUUCAGGUUGUAUGAUUUGCGAAAAACUGGGUUUAUUGAACGUGAGGAAGUUAUGCAAAUGGUAAAAGCUAUUUUAUCAGAAUCAGGUUUGGCUUUGUCAAAUGAUCUUCUAGAGUCUAUACUUGAUAAGACUUUUGCUGAUGCUGAUGCCAACAAAGAUGGCAAAAUCUGCAAGGAAGAGUGGAAAGCUUUUGUUCUUCGUAAUCCAAGCCUCUUGAGAAACAUGACUCUUCCUUAUCUCAAGGAUAUAACCACAUGUUUUCCGAGCUUUAUUUUUAACACCGAGUUUGAGGAAUGAGCCUUGCUUCUUAUUUGUGAUAUUAUGUGGGAAAAACAUAUGCCAAAUAGAGCUCCAAAGAGAUACCAUUUAUUAUGGUGCGUGAUACAGAAAACUUACAAGUAUUGGAGCAGUUGGCUGACACAAGUGAGGUACUGGUAGUUGCAUUGACAAAAAGUUUGUGCUCAGUGAAUGGAGGACCAAUCAAGUAACCACUCAUGAGCCUAUGAACUCCUAGAGAGCAAAGCCACCAAGUACCUGCUUCGUUUAUAGGAUCUGGGAGUUAGAACGCCUUGGGCAAUUUAUUUUGUGCCACGGGAAAUGAUUUGUUUGCCAAAAAUUGUCAAAUAGCUUCGUAUUCCAUAUUUUGUUACCUUCAUUCAUGAAAAUGAUAGUAAUGGGUUGUCAAAUGUAAAUUACAGGAGUCUAGUAUAUCUCAAAUGUGAGCAAAUACUUGGAUAUCUCUUGUCAGUUAUCAGUAUUUGGAUAUGUAAACAAUUUGUCAUCUCAAAUUAUUGAAGCUUUGUAAGCACCCGAGAGCACUGAGCUGUGUAAACCUUGUGUUUCCUCGUUAAAAAUAAUAUUAGAAUGGCUAAUUAAGGAUUAUGUUAA